CACUCCAGUGUUACUGCCAUCUAUGUACAAAAGACAACUUCACGUGUGUGACAGACGGGCUCUGCUUUACCUCAGUGACACGAACUGCAGACAAAGUCAUACACAACAGUAUGUGCAUAGCAGAGAUCGACCUGAUUCCCCGAGACAGGCCCUUCGUGUGCGCCCCCUCCAACAGAGACGGAGUCGCGACUGUGCCUCAUUGCUGUGACAAAGACCACUGCAAUAAAAUAGAACUUCCAAUUCCAACACCAGGCCCUACUCCAGGAAAACCAGCUUCCAAUCUAGGACCUGUGGAACUAGCUGCUGUUAUUGCUGGACCUGUCUGCUUUGUCUGCAUUUCAUUAAUGUUGAUUCUGUACCUAUGUCAUAACCGUACUGUAAUUCAUCAUCGCGUGCCAAGCGAAGAAGAUCCCUCACUGGAUCGGCCCUUUAUAUCAGAAGGAACCACUUUAAAGGAUUUAAUUUAUGAUAUGACAACUUCAGGCUCUGGGUCAGGUUUACCUUUACUUGUGCAAAGAACAAUUGCAAGAACGAUAGUACUUCAAGAGAGCAUUGGUAAGGGUCGCUUUGGAGAAGUCUGGCGAGGGAAGUGGAGAGGAGAAGAAGUUGCUGUGAAGAUCUUCUCGUCCAGAGAAGAACGCUCGUGGUUUCGUGAAGCAGAAAUUUACCAAACAGUUAUGCUACGGCAUGAAAACAUUCUUGGAUUUAUAGCUGCAGACAACAAAGACAAUGGCACAUGGACUCAGCUGUGGUUGGUGUCAGACUACCACGAGCACGGAUCGCUCUUUGAUUACCUGAACAGGUAUACGGUAACAGUGGAAGGAAUGAUCAAAUUAGCCUUGUCCACUGCCAGCGGCCUCGCUCAUCUUCACAUGGAAAUUGUUGGCACCCAAGGCAAACCAGCAAUUGCCCACAGAGAUUUGAAAUCCAAAAAUAUAUUGGUAAAAAAGAAUGGGACGUGCUGCAUUGCAGACCUGGGAUUGGCGGUUAGGCACGAUUCAGCCACGGACACAAUUGACAUUGCCCCAAACCACAGGGUGGGAACGAAAAGGUACAUGGCACCUGAAGUUCUAGAUGAUUCCAUAAAUAUGAAACAUUUUGAGUCGUUCAAACGAGCAGACAUCUAUGCAAUGGGAUUAGUGUUCUGGGAAAUAGCUCGUCGAUGUUCAAUCGGUGGAAUCCAUGAAGAUUACCAGUUGCCAUACUACGACCUUGUUCCUUCAGAUCCUUCUGUUGAAGAAAUGAGGAAAGUUGUGUGUGAGCAGAAGUUAAGGCCCAAUAUCCCGAACAGAUGGCAGAGCUGUGAGGCGUUACGAGUGAUGGCCAAAAUCAUGCGGGAGUGCUGGUACGCCAACGGAGCUGCCAGGCUAACAGCUUUGCGCAUUAAGAAAACAUUAUCGCAACUUAGUCAACAGGAGGGGAUAAAGAUGUAAUCCUGGAUUUGCUCCCGAAGAAUACUGUAAAAAUCCAUAUCUGCACCAGAGCGGCGUGUUAAGAAGGUUAAUUGUUCUACCUCAUCGGGGGAACAGAAGGAUGUUGCUGCCUUUUAAUGCUUCAUAGGAACGUCACUUGUUAGGAGUUUUGUGGACGUGCUAAACAGUUGUGUUGGGUCCUUUCUGUGCACUACGAACCUCUUUCCCAGGUUACUUACCAAGCCUUGUGUAGUCUAGCUUUAUUUUUAUUAACCUGCAAUUUUUUUUUUUUAUUUGGAAGAUUGAUAGCUGGUCUUAACUUCUCAUUAAGUGUGCUGAAAACAGGAGGUCACUUUGCAACU